AUGUGUGGCCAAGCAUCAUGUGAACAAAGACAAAAUGCAUUAAAUGGGACUAGUAAAGAUGAGGGUAGUUUGUCUGAGAACACUGGCACCAAAAUUGGAAAUAAAACUAAGGUGUCAUCAAACUUUGUAAAAUCCAAGAAAAAUCUUCGUGAUAUGCUCCAAGUCAUUGACAGAACCCUUCCUCCUAGAGGUAAAUCAAAAGAAAUUGAUGAAGCUGGAUUACUGAUUACACUUCCAGCAAUUAUCUACUCAUCAUGGAGAUAUCAUGUAAUUGUGCUAUCAGCACUUGAUUCAAAGUGGUAUGGUGUUUCAGAUAUAGAUUAUUUUGACAUUCCACUGAUGAUCAGUGAAAUCCACCAAGCUCUCAAAUGUUGCAGUGUUAUUUUAAAUGUCAAU